GCCACAAAAAUGUCACCGAGGUUCUUCUCAACAAAGGCGCCAGUGUGGAUAUCAUAAAUAAUUUUAAUAAUACACCUCUUCAUUUGGCAGCUAAGAAUGGUCACAAGAGCGUCACUGAAGUUCUCAGCCGUAAAGCAAACGAUCUUAAUAUUAAAAAUAAUUUGCAUCAGACACCUCUUCACUUGGCAGCUAUGAAUGGUCACGGAGGUGUCGCUGAUGUGCUUCUCAAGAAUGGAGCUAAUGCUGAUAUUGGAGAUUAUUCGAAUUUCACACCUCUUCAUCAUGCUGCUAGAUAUGGUAAUGUUGAAUAA